AUGUCCAGCCAGGACCAACAGCAGCAACAACAGCCGGCGCAAACACAGACUUCGACGUCUUCGAGUUCUAAUAAUGAAAACGCUACUACGGCGACUUCAUCAAUUCAGCAAAAUGUUGUAGCUGAUGAUAGUUUACUAUGUCAGUGGGAGAAAUGUUCGGAAAGAUGUCCCACUCCAGAAGCUUUAUUUGAUCACAUCUGCGAGAAACAUGUUGGAAGGAAGAGCACCAAUAACUUAAACCUUACUUGCGGUUGGAAUUCAUGCCGUACUACUACCGUCAAACGCGAUCAUAUUACAUCUCACAUUCGUGUUCAUGUGCCACUGAAACCACAUAAAUGUGAAUUCUGUGGAAAGGCAUUCAAGCGUCCACAAGAUUUGAAGAAACAUGUCAAGACCCAUGCCGAUGAUUCCGUUUUAUUGAGAACUCCAGAACAAUCUGGUGGUUCAAAUGGGGGAUACAGACAACCAGGCGGUAAAGUAAUUGCUAAUUUGCAACACCUUGCAGCCAAUCCUAUGGGUUAUUAUGAUCAUAAUGCUUCGAUGCAUCCUGGUUCUGCCGGGGUUUAUGGCAAUUCUCAUCACGGUGGUCAUAGUGGAUAUUAUGCACCUGCGCACUCUCAACAAUCUUCAUAUGGAGGAGGCCCAGGCUAUUAUCAAAUGUCUCACAACCCUGAUCUCGGUCAACAUGCAGCUUGGGAUGAGAAAAAGCGAAAUUUCGAUAACUUGAAUGAUUUCUUCGGUGCCGCUAAGCGUCGUCAAAUUGAUGCUCAUUCUUAUCAACAAGUCAAUCAGAGAUUGAUGCAAUUACAAGGAAUUCCUAUUGGUACAGGUGGAGGUAUCUCUGAUUACAUUCAUUCAGCACCUCAAUUGGUUCCAAUUGACGGUCACGGCGGUCACGGACAUGGAGGGCCUAUGCCACAACACCAAUACUCCCUCCCUCUCCCGAACUUGCGGACCAAGAGUGAUUUGAAUUCCAUUGAUCAAUUCUUGGAGCAAAUGCAAUCAACAGUAUACGAAAGUUCAAACGCUGCUGCCGCAGCUGGUAUUCACCAACCUGGUGCUCACUACACUCACCAAGCUCUCAACUUCCGUCAAAGUCACUCGCCACCACAAACUCAUAUCCACAAUAUUGGUUCAAUGGCGCCACAUGUUUCCACUUCUUACGCUUCAGCACCAAUGACCGCAACUCACUCAUCUCAUUCAGUUUCUUCUGGUACACCAGCUUUAACACCUCCCUCAAGUUCCGUUUCAUAUACUUCCGGAAAUUCCCCGAUGUCCUCAAGUGGAAUGUCUCCCAUCUCAAGACACAGUUCAACAUCAAAUGCAGCAUACCCUAAUCUUCCAGCUGUAACGCUUGGAUACUCCCCACAUCAUUCAGCAACCGCACCAACAUCCACACUUGGUACAAACUUCGAUAGUGAUCCCCGUCGUCGUUACUCCGGUGGGGUGCUCCAAAGAAGUGCUGGUGGACUUAACUCAAGUCAAUAUCGCGAGUCUAUGGAGACAUCUACCGUUGGUUCUCCAACACCAUCUCCAAAGGAAACAACACCUCGCCCUGAGUCAAUUGUUAAGACAGAAGUUACCAAUAAUAUUGACCCAGCUCUUUCUGAUGCUGGUUCACCUUCUGUUCGAUCAGUUGAUACUUUGGAGAGUGCUCGUGAUAGAGCUGAAGAGGCAUGGAUUGAAAACAUUCGUGUCAUUGAAGCUUUAAGAAGAUAUGUCAGUGAUCGUCUUCAAAAUGGAGAGUAUGUCAAGGAUGAAGAAGACGAAGAUGUAUCUAUGGCCGACACUGAUAUGCAAGAUACACAAGUAAAGACUGAGGAGAAGCCUGUCGAAAGUUUGUAUCCAGUGUUGAAAACGGAUGAUGAUGAUGAGUAG